GUUCUCAUUGCUUCGCUUGAUAUUAGCUAUCGGAAGCAAUAGCCGCUGUUGUGGUCACGUCAGGCUGCGAUUCUUAUGCCGGCGUUUUGAAUUGGUGAUUUUACCAUCUUCACGAUGGGGCUUUUCAACGACAUUGACAUUGAGCGAGACUUUCCGGACCAUAAGGUCAAGUCUAUGGUGAGGCGUUCCGAGUGGGCAGUUCAGCAGUAUCAAGGCUUCUUUCCUGGCAAUUCUCCUCCGAACCAUCACCAGUACCCAACCCAAGAGUACAAUACUAUUGACUCUUACAGCCCAACUUACUAUGGUAACGAGCAAACUUCAGCCAACACUUCCUACAGCACUCCCAGGCCUCAGAUUUAGUCUGGGAAUCAUGCACGUAUUUAUGGCUUUGAUCCACACGUCAGUGGACUGGCCGAUCUACAAGCGGG